AUGGACACAGCUAGCCAUAGCCUUGUCCUUCUGCAGCAGCUGAACAUGCAACGAGAAUUUGGUUUUCUGUGUGAUUGCACAGUUGCUAUUGGAGAUGUUUACUUCAAAGCCCACAGAGCAGUGCUUGCUGCUUUUUCUAACUAUUUCAAGAUGAUAUUUAUUCACCAAACAAGUGAAUGCAUAAAAAUACAACCAACUGAUAUCCAGCCUGACAUAUUCAGCUAUUUGUUGCACAUUAUGUACACGGGGAAAGGACCAAAACAGAUUGUGGAUCAUAGUCGUUUGGAGGAAGGGAUUCGCUUUCUUCAUGCCGACUACCUUUCUCACAUUGCGACUGAAAUGAAUCAAGUGUUCUCACCAGAGACUGUGCAGUCCUCAAAUCUGUAUGGCAUCCAAAUCUCAACAACCCAAAAGACAGCUGCCAAGCAAGGGCUGGAGGUCAAAGAAACUCUUUCCAAUAACGGUGGAAACAGAGCCGCUGUCCAGAGUGACCACCCCCAGUUGCAGCUUUCUCUUGCUAUUGGGCUGGAUGAUGGCACUGACCAGCAGAAGGUCCAUCCUGCAGCCCAGGCCUUGGAGGAACACCAGAAGCCUCCAGUGUCCAUCAAGCAGGAGAGAGAUGACCCAGAAUCCGUGAUCUCCCAGAGCCACUCCUCAUCCUCAUCCGAGAUGACAGGCCCCACUUUCACCGAAAGUGGUAUCAAAAUUCACUUAUGCCAUUACUGUGGAGAACGUUUUGAUUCUCGUGGUAACCUAAGACAACAUCUCCAUACCCAUGUAUCUGGAUCCCUCCCAUUUGGUGUCCCUGCUUCUAUUCUGGAAAGUAAUGACCUUGGUGAAGUGCACCCACUUAAUGAAAAUAACGAAGCUCUUGAAUGCCGCAGGCUCAGCUCCUUCAUUGUUAAGGAAAAUGAGCAACAGCCUGACCACUCAAACCGGGGUACCACAGAGCCUUUGCAGAUCAGUCAAGUGUCUUUGAUCUCCAAAGACACAGAGCCAGUAGAAUUAAACUGCAAUUUUUCUUUUUCAAGGAAAAGAAAAAUAAGUUGUACCAUCUGUGGUCAUAAGUUUCUUCGAAAGAAUCAGUUGCUGGAACACAUGUAUACACACAGAGGUAGAUCUUACAGAUAUAGCCGAUGUCAAAGGUUUGGUAACGCAUUAACCCAGAGAUUCCAGCCGUAUUGUGAAAGCUGGUCUGAUGUCCCCCUGAAAAGUUCUCGCUUGUCGCAAGAACAGUUAGACUCAUCUCGUGCCUUGGAGUCAGAGCUCACACAGGAAAACGUGGACACUAUUCUAGUUGAGUAG